AAGCUUUACAAGGCACUUGAAAACACAAGAAGUGAGUUGCAAGAGAAAGUAUUAAGUUUGAACUCUUCAGUUGCCGUAUUACAUCAGAGAGUGGAAGAAAUCAGCAUGAAUAGUUCCAGACAGCCGGUUGAUCGCCUUAUCUCAUGGAUGACAACACUACACGCUUUAGCUAAUCAAACCGAAGAUAACCUCAACGAUUUCAAGAAUGAUGCUGAAAGUUCCCUUUUAUCGGUCAAUACUGGGCUCAAACGCUUGGAGGAAAAUUUAAAUGCCACGGAAAAGAAGUUGGUUAUGGCGAUGUCUGAAACGAAAGUAAAGUUAGAGAACGAGAGUAAGCUACAGGGUCCCGUUGGACAACGUGGUUUCAACGGCUCUCAAGGACCUGUCGGACCAGCAGGACCUCGAGGAUUCAAUGGUACACAGGGUCCCCAAGGUGUGAUAGGCCUGCAGGGUUUUAAUGGAUCACAAGGACCGCCAGGACCACAGGGACCUAAAGGAGCAGGAGACUUCUCCCAGUGUAAACACAAGACUAAGGAUUUGACUGGAAAUCAACCUCCAAUCACCAGCAACAGCUUACCAAAUCCAAUUAAAGUGAUCCUGGGUGAACCAAGUGGUAAAAAGAUUCUUGGUGUCUCAUGUACAACAGACUACGGACAGAUUUAUCUGCUAUCGCACGUAAUAAACGGAGCUAAUGGUCAGUUGUUCUACCAUUGUAGCUGUUAUGGUCAACAUGGAACUGGCCAGGCUUCUGUUAAGUGUGUUAUGCAUUACUGGGAAUGUCCGUUGACCACAUGAACACGAAAAAAGAUCGGGAGGAGAAACUUUGCAACUUGUUAAAAGGCCUUACACGUAGUUUCUACAAAAGGAAAUAUCCAAAAAACUUUCCGAAACAUGUUAGCAAAUUUUCCGUCAUUUAAUCUUCUAUCAUGGUUUCUUGUUCAACGAAAACGCUAGGUAUGGUGGCAGUCGUAUCAGAAUAAAAAGCAUCUCGGUUAUGGUGAGGUAAAAAAGAUAAAUGUUUAUGAGCCGAGGUGUCAAAACGUCUAGAAGGAAAAAAGCGAGAUCAAAACGGCUGCUAACACAUUUUAAAGAAAGGUCUUAGGUUUAAAGGACCUUGAGUUGAAGAUCCAAGAAGGAGGAAGGACUAAACAAUUUCGUUCAUGUCGACACUCCACUGAGUGUUACUCAGUUCUCUGACAGAGCAUUCCAGCAACUUGCGAUCUCGGUGUUGAUCAUUUCAAAAGAAAAUCACUAAUAAAAGUGCUUAGUCUCUUACGGUCUUCGAUCUUGAAAGUCGGUUUUAUUUCGAUCUUACAGCGCGCUAUCAACCGAUUGGUGAGUGUUGAUAAUUAAUUGCAACUUUGUUUUGGAUAAAAGAUUGUAAAUGUUGAGCAGCCUCUAACGAAAAUUGACUUGUUUCAUUUUUUGUGCCUGAAUCUGUCGCUCUGCGAUGACUGAUGAUGAAAACUAUACACGUUGUCUGCCAACUUUGGUUUAUGAAUUCAUCUCAUUGCUCCAAAGUUUGCCACCAAGGGAUUGUAUAAGCACCUGAUAGAUAUUUAGGAAUUGUAGCCUUAUUGAGCGUCCAUAUAGAUACAUUGUUUUUGUCAUUGUGACCGUAUUCAAUUUCGCGCCACAAAGGAAAUUGCGCCAAAAUGCUAACUACAAGUACCUUUUUGUUUGUUUUGGUAGCAAAGCAACACGUUUAAGAAAGAGAAAUUUUGUUUGACAGUGUAAGAAUUAGGUACCUUAACGCAAACCACGACGGUAGCGGUAACGAGGACGUGGAAAAACAAAAGAUCGCCAAUGUUUCUUUAAUAGAAAAUCUGAUAUUUGUGAUCUCCUUAAAAUCUCUAGGUCUGUUAGCAUAAAUGAAUUCGGCUUCGAGAGUACAGAAAAAAAAGACUGGAUAAUUAACAAUUAUUCC